ACGAGCCAAACACCCAAAUGUGCUAAAAAAAACUUUUCUGAACUAAAAACAAUACACAAAAAAUUCGAAAAAAAUAAAACCAAACAUUUUUUUCAACAUUUUUGUUUCUGUGCUGUGUGACCGAUAAUUAAAAAAAAAAACAAAUUGCCGGAACGCCAAGAAUUUAUUCAGGCCAAUUUAAAUCACCAAAAGCCAACAAAAACCUACAAAAACCAAGUCUUAAGCUACUUGAAGACCAAGAAGUAAGCAACUCAGAACCAGCAAUGCCGGACUGGCCAGCCUCUCCUGCUAACUGAGGGGCCAGGCAACUCCUGGGGAAAGCUCGCGGAAAACUUGUGCCCUCGCUCUCAACGAUGGACAACCUUUCGGUUUCGAGUGGCUUCGCCUCCGAUUCGGGAGAUUCCAGCUCCCACUCUGGCUAUCCCUCUGACAUAUCCGCCACGGAGGUGCUGUACCAGUGGAGUGCCAAUGCCGUGUCCGCCUCUGCAGCGUCUGCAGCCUCUGCAGCCUCGGCUGCUGCCUCCCGCCUCGCCUCGCCCUCAGCCAGCCUGCCGCCGGAUCGCAAUCCCCCGGGUAUACUCCAUCUGCUGCAUCCCGCCGCUGAAGUGCUGGCCACCAAUGAGUCCAGCCGUUUCAGCCUGCUCGACUAUGGCAUGGGCAUGGGCAUGACCCUGAACACCAGCGAGGGCUACGAUGACUACAGCAACUACCAGCAGUCAUCGUCCCCAGGCGGCGGGGGCUGCCGGCAAUUGGAGGGAAAUAUGAGCUAUUGGAAUCUCACCUGCGACUCCCCGCUGGAUUAUGCUUUGCCGCUGUACGGCUAUUGCAUGCCCUUCCUCAUGAUCAUCACCAUUAUAUCGAACACGCUGAUUGUGCUGGUGCUGAGCAAGAAGAGCAUGGCCACGCCCACCAACUUUGUGCUGAUGGGCAUGGCCAUAUGCGAUAUGCUGACGGUUAUAUUUCCGGCCCCUGGCCUCUGGUAUAUGUACACAUUCGGCAAUCACUAUAAGCCCCUGCAUCCGGUCUCCAUGUGUCUGGCCUACAGUAUUUUCAAUGAGAUUAUGCCAGCCAUGUGCCACACCAUCUCCGUUUGGCUAACUCUGGCCCUCGCCGUGCAAAGGUACAUCUACGUUUGCCAUGCCCCCAUGGCCAGGACCUGGUGCACAAUGCCGCGUGUCAAGCGCUGCACCGCCUACAUUGCCCUGCUGGCCUUCCUCCACCAGCUGCCACGCUUCUUCGACAGGACAUACAUGCCCAUGGAGAUCGAGUGGAAUGGCCAGGAGACGGAGGUCUGCCACCUGGAGACCUCCCUGUGGGUGCACGAAUACAUUGGCGUGGAUCUGUACUACACCAGCUACUAUCUGUUCCGCGUUUUGUUUGUUCACCUGCUGCCCUGCAUCAUCCUGGUGACCCUGAACAUCCUGCUGUUUGCAGCCAUGCGGCAGGCCCAGGAGCGGCGCAAGCUGCUCUUCCGGGAGAAUCGUAAAAAGGAGUGCAAGAAGCUGAGGGAAUCCAACUGCACCACCUUGAUGCUGAUUGUGGUGGUGUCGGUGUUCCUGCUGGCCGAGAUACCCAUUGCCGUGGUGACUGUAAUGCACAUUGUGAGCUCGCUGAUCAUUGAGUUCCUCGACUAUGGUUUGGCCAACAUUUGCAUUUUGCUGACAAACUUCUUUCUGGUGGUCAGCUAUCCCAUAAACUUUGGUAUCUACUGCGGCAUGUCGCGCCAGUUUCGCGAGACCUUCAAGGAGAUCUUUUUGGGGCGACUGGUGGCCAAGAAGGACAGCUCUACCAAGUAUUCGAUUGUGAAUGGAGCCCGCACCUGCACCAACACCAAUGAGACGGUCCUCUAGUAAUUGGUGCUGUUGGUGCCGCGGCGUGGCAGCAGUGACCACAGGCGCACCACCUGCACCACCACCACCACCACCACUACUACUAUGAUGGCUUCUGGUUGUGGCGGGCCGCAGCACCAGCAGCAGCAGCAGCAGCAGCGACGUGUCAGCACCAUGGACAUAAUCGCCGAGGAGAGGAAUGUCUAAGGAGGAGACUCUGAAACUCGGGCUGAGCCUUAAGGUUUCAGGAGGUUUUAAGGAGAAGAUAAUAAUAUGAAAACUGUCUGAGAAAGGAUACUACCCCUAAGGAUCUAUACGUACACGAAACACAAGUUCUAGCUAGGUGUCUGAGUGUGUUUUUGUUGUGUGUUGAUGUCUUCGUCUAACCAAAAACCCGCUAUAGACUAAGAGAGAUGUUUCGGCAAAGUGAUGGGUAAGCGCGUAAUUUCAAAACAAUAAAAACUAGGCUAGGUACCCCCAAAAAUACUUACAGGAAUCUUAAGAGUUACGGCUACUUACCCAAAGUAGUCUUUAAGAGUUUAACUAACUAAUCGACUUGUAAAAUAUUUUUGGAGUUUUGUUUAAGUGUAGCUAGCACCUAGGAGAGCCCAGCAUUUAAAUUCGUAAACCUCUUGAGCCCCAGCGUUUACCGAUUUAAAUGUGUGAAUAAAAUCUAUAUAGAGAGUAUAUAUAAAAUAUGUCAUAAAACGAAUUUCAAGUUGAUGUCAAGAGUUGUCUAUAGUUUUUUUGUUUUUUUUUUUAACUAGUAUUAAUUGGGAUUCAGUGUCUACGAAUUAAGAUUACCCUUUGCCGUGUUUCCAGUUUAAAUGUUUAAGUGUAAAGCAAACUAUUUACUAUA